AUGGCGCGGGCGGCGCUCCGAUUGGGCGCCCGCGCGCUCGCGCUCCUCGUCCUCGUGUCAGUGGCUGUGCUUCCGCUUGUCAGUUCCGACGAUGGGUACAAACACUGUGAGGGUAUCGUCAGGGGCUGGGCGGAUUCCUCCACUGGGCGCGAGAAGGACGGGGACAAACUGAGCCUCAAGGAUUUGCUCUUCUUCCUCCACAUUCCUAGGACUGGAGGCCGCGCCUACUUUCACUGCUUCCUCAAAAAGCUGUAUACAAAUGCGCAGGAAUGCCCGCGUUCUUACGACAAGCUACGGUUCGACCCAAGCCAUCCUGAUUGCAAGCUGGUUGUUAGUCAUGAUGACUAUAGCUUAACUUCCAAGCUGCCAAGGGAGAGAACUUCUGUUGUAACAAUACUAAGGAACCCAGUUGAUCGUGUAUUUAGCACAUAUGAGUUCUUAGUGGAAGUUGCAGCUAGAUUCCUUGUGCACCCAAACUUAACUUCUGCAAAGUUAAUGACUACCCGUGUGUUAACAAAGUCUCGUGCUGUCAGUACUUUGGACAUCUGGCCUUGGAAGUACUUGGUUCCAUGGAUGAGGGAAGAUCUGUUUGCCAGGAGAGAUGCCAGGGGGAUUGACCAAGUUCAUAGUAGUAAGAAGGUCAAGGCAUAUGCAUAUGAUGUGGAGGAUAUGGUUAUGCCGUUACAUCAGUACAUCAAUGAUCCAGUUGCCCAUGAAAUCAUUCAUAACGGUGCUACCUUUCAGAUUACUGGGUUAACGAACAAUUCAUACUUUGAUGGAGCACACGAUGUUCGACAUUGUGUCAGAAAGCAUCCAGAUCUUGGUCGUAUUGUGCUUGAAGUUGCUAAGAAUAGGCUGGACCAGAUGCUAUAUGUAGGACUUACGGAGGUUCAUGAAGAAUCAGCGAGUUUGUUUGCUCAUAUGGUAGGAGCACAGGUGCUUUCACAAUCUGGGACAUUGAAUUUAGAUCUCAAGGAAGAUCUGCCCAGUGAGACUGACUCACACCCAUCCAUGGUGGAGCACGAGGAUGAAGAAACAAAUGAACAUCUGAAUAACGCACAUGGUUGGCAAAAUAAUGAAGCCCUGAACUCUACCAGCGACGAACAUGGAAAAGGAAAUAUGACUAUUGGUAAACUGAUGGAAGCUUAUGAAACUUGCAUUGCUGAACUGCGGAAGGUUGAAUCUAGCCGUCGUAAAAUAUCACUAAAGAAAGUGGAAGCAAGGUUUCCAAAAGAGGCACGGAAGCUGGUACCUGAGGCAAUUUUGAAACAAAUUAUCUCGUUGAACAGCCUUGACAUGGAACUUUAUGAUCAUGCUAAGAAAAUUUUUACCCAGGAACAUCUUCUGAUGUUAAAAGCUCAGCAAUCCAUGGUGGGGCAGCACAGACAGUUGGGAGAACAAAAGGAGGGCCGGAUCAGCAUAAUCUGGAGCGACGGGAUUUGCUCUGCGGAUGGUGGUCUUCCUUGGAUGGUGGUCUUCCUUGGUCUAGGGAUCACCACAAUCAUAGUUUUGGUCACAUUAGCUGUAAUGAUGAGAAAAAGAACGUCUAAACUUGCUUUAACCAGAAUUCAUGAGGCAGUCUCUAGAUUUUGA